AUGAAGACAGGGUUUCUUACACAGUGGCAGACCUCUUAUUCCAUAAAAGAGGGGUACAAAUGGUUACAAGGUGAAUCUAGGAAUGUUCCAUGGAGCAAAUGGGUGUGGAAUAGAUAUAACAUUCCAAAGCAUUCUGUAAUUGCUUGGAUGGCAACUCUUGGGAAGCUAAUAACUAAAGCUCAUCUAUUUGGAAUUGGAGUGGUUACUGAAAAGAUGUGUUUGAUGUGUGGUCUUCAAGAGGAGAGUAUAGAGCACUGCUUCUUUCAACGCAAGUAUAGUCUGCAGUGUUAUGUGAAGAUUUGCAGAAGAUUGAAGCUAUCAGCUACUCCAAUGGACCACAUCAACAGUUCCUGGAAGAAGUGGUCAAGGAAAUAUGCAUGUAAGAGGAAAAAGAGCACAUGUCUUGUUGUACUAGCUGCUUUGGUCUACCAAAUCUGGUGUGCUAGGAAUUGUGCCUACUGGGAGAAAAGAAUUCCAAGACCGGAGGUUCUAGUGGAUAAUGUGAUGCAUAGUGUUUGUAAUAGAGUUAGACAACUCAUUAAUUCCAAAUGGAGUCAGGGAGAGAAGGAUUGGUUAGAAGAACUAGCUAGAAUACAGUAG